GGCGGGCGAACCCUACGACAUAUUCGAAGGCCCGACGGGCAGCCCUGUCACCACCGAACGCAUUGAACCUCUCACCAGUCUUUCGCGCGAAACCUCGGUGAAAGGAGACUCGACGGAACAUUUUCUUUACCGCAAGCUCCAUAAGCACAUCUGCAAUUCAUGCCCCCGCGCCGACGUCCGCCUCCUACGGGGGCUCGGACUGACCUCCCACCUUUGAAGAUCGUGCGAAAGAUCGCCCUACUUCAAAGUGCCUACUAUGUGUCCGCGACGGCUCUGAUACUAUUCACAACAAUUGUCUACGGCACUCCGUUCUCGUUUGACCUCGUCUUAAAUUGGAAUGCCUUGAGAGGAGAUACAACUGUAGGGUGGAUGCUGGGGUUGGUAUGGAUGUUGAACAGUGGGAUAGGGGUGAUAUAUCUUCUACUUCUCGUGUCGCGCUCGAAACUCAUUCCCGACUUUGCGCUCACGAUACACUUCUUGCACCUUGUCAUCACCGUCUUCUACACCCGCUCCGUGCCCUCGAACUGGCUCUGGUGGGGCCUACAGUGCGCUAGUGCCGCCCUCAUGACGUUUUUGGGGAUCUGGGCGUGUCGAUGGCGGGAGUUGCAGCCGAUCAGCUUCGGGGGCAUGUCCGGCAGUAACAACACGGGGCGUUCGGUGGGAGGCUCGUCUCAGCCCCAGGCUGAAGGUGUCGACGAGUCCUUCUCUCUGUCGCGGGGUCGCGGACGGGGCCGCAACCUUCCAAACGGGGGAGAUGAAUAUGAGAUGAGCCUGUUGAAGGGCACGGGUGAUCAGGCUGUGUAGCCUCAUGGCUAUCUGAAUGCCUUUCCUGCUUUUUCUGGUGGGUGUGGAGAGAGGGGUGCACAUAUGCUUGUCAAUGUAGCAUUGAGCGAUUUUCCCGGCACAGUUGUCCUUUUUUCUUCUUUUCUUCAUGUAUACCCUGGCUGGCUGGUACUGUAUAGAUGGCGUUGCUGUGGUAGUAUUUGUUUCUCUCGUUUGACUUUUCCUUCUCUUUGUCUUAUAUAUAUUUACUUCUUGAUGACCUGGAGCACUCGGUCUGGUUACAAUUUAUAGCAUAUGUGCGGGCAAUAUGGUUGAUAUACCACCGCUCCAAGAGAUGCGGGCCGGGGAAUAUCAGCAAUCUACCCAGUUUAAAGACCUCGAAGGC